AUGAAUUAUUCUUUUACCAAGGAUAUUAAUGAAUAUAAAAUAAUUGUAGCCUCAUUAUCUAUCUAUCUAUCUAUCUAUCUAUCUAUCUAUCUAUCUAUCUAUCUAUCUAUAUUUGUUUGUCAUCUAUCUAUCUAUAUAGGCUCCUCAUUAUCUAUCUAUCUAUCUAUCUAUCUAUCUAACUAUACUUGUUCAUUAUCUAUCUAUCUAUCUAUCUAUCUAUCUAUCUAUCUAUCUAUACUUGUUUGUCAUCUAUCUAUCUAUAUACUCGUUAUCUUUUCCAUAUUGCCUAUAUGCAAUGAGUUAUUCUCUUUAUUUUAUUAUUAUUGCUUUAAUAUUCUAUCUUCUUUCACGUUCUCUCUUUUUCUUCCUCCCUUUUCAUUGAUCAUUUCUUUCUUUUCUUUUUUUUUUUCCUUACUUUUCUUCUUUCUUUCUUCCUGUCUUCUUAUCCCUUUUUCUUUCUUUCUUUUGCUUUUUCUCACGACGCCAACUAAGACCAUUUCUUCCUUUACCUUUCUUCCUUCUUUUCUUAUGUUUUUCUUUUCUUUGCUUCCAGAACGCCAUCUUAAAUCAUUCUUCAUUUUUUUCUUCUUCAUUUCUUCUUCCUUCCUUUCUUUCUUUCUUUCUUUAUUUAUUUAUUCAUUUAUUUCACUUUUUCUCACUAGAUUAACGAAGAUCAUUCAAUCCUUUACUUUUCUUCCUUUUCUUCUUAUUUUUUCUUUAUUCUUUUUUCUUUUUUGUUUUAACAUCAUCUUAAGUCAUUCUUUUUUCGUUGCACAUUUCUUUCUUUCGUUUUCCUUCCUUCCUUUCUUUCUUUUUGUUCGAUGCAUUUCCUUCUUUCUUUUCUUUUUUCUUUUCCUCCGAUCGAUGCAUUUCCUUCUUUCUUUUCUUUUUUCUUUUCCUCCGAUCGAUGAAUUUCCUUCUUUCUUUUCCUCGUUCUUUUCUUCCCAUCCUUCUUCUAUACUUCUGUCUGUCUUUCUUUCUUUCGUUUUUCUUUCUUCCCCUCUUUCUUUUUGUUCGAUUAAUUUCCUUCCUUCAUGUCUUUAUUCUUUUCCUCCCAUCCUUCUUUCUUUCUUUCUUUCUUUCUUUCUUUUUUAUUUCUUUCCAUCUGAAUUACUCAAGCAAGUAGAGACAGGGUUCUAG